AUGGAGAAAUAUGAGGUACUGGAGCAGCUCCAGCCUGGGGCACUGGGCACUAUGCUGGUAGCUGAAUUGAAAACAGAAAAGGGGGCAGAGAAGAAAUAUAUAAUAAAGCAGGUUGAGUGCAUUGAAGAAAAGCAAGCGAAUGAGGCCUUGAAGGAGGCAAUGGAUUUGCUAAAACUUCAUCAUUCAAACAUCUGUGCUUACAAGGAAUUGUUUGUGACUUGGGAUAAUGAGAUAUCGUCUCUGUUCCUUUGUCUGGUAAUGCAGCACUUGGGCCAAGGAGAUCUCUCAUCACUAAUCAAGGAAAAAAGGCAGAAAUCAGAAAAAAUAACAGACAUGAUGAUUCUGAAGUUCCUGGGACAGAUGGUGGAUGCUUUGCUUUAUAUACAUAAACAAAAUAUUUUCCACAGAAAUCUCAAGCCAUCAAACAUACUUGUGACUGGUGAAGCAUCCUUCAUGCUUAGCGACUUCAGUACAGAAACACUUAUGACAGAUGAGAUGAAAUGGAAAAUAAGAGUGGAAGAAAAUAGCAAGUCUUGGAUGGCUCCAGAGACGUUUGUUUUUAGUUUUACUGAGAAAUCUGACAUCUGGUCUCUAGGUUGUGUUCUACUUGACAUGACGACCUGCUUUGUUCUGAAUGCAGAAGAGAUAACUUCAUUACUGCAGGAUAUUAGACAGGAUACCAGCCGUCUUGAGGGAGCCUGGACUCUAAUGCAAAACGGAGAGAACUGCUCUUUGCCUUUAUUUCCAGUCUUAUUUAUGAUGCUACAGAUUCAGCCCAGCAUGAGACCCACAGCAAAGGAUCUGACUGAUGUUCCAUUUGUUAGGGAAUGCCUGACGGUUGCUGGUGCCUCUUCAGUAAAACUGCAAAAGUCUUUGCCUCCCAAAAUAAUAGAUGUGCUCCUUGAGGGAGGAAUCGAAAGUGUUCUGGAUUUCAUGCAGGCUUUCUGGGAUAUAGAAGAAGCACAGGCUAAAGCUAUUCAGCACCUUGCCAGCUUUGUAAGAGAUAAAAGUGCCUUGCCCUGUCUGCUGACGUUAGCAGAAUUGAUCACUGGUGCCAUGAAGACUCACGUAGAUUCGCUCCAGUUACAAGUAGAUGGUUGCAGUUUAUUGCUUGAAAUUCUUAGUCAAGCUCUAGAACAGGAGGUGAUGGUGGCCCUGGAUGAGAACGUGACCAGCUCUCUCUUAGACACAGUGAGAAAACACUCUGAAAAUGAAGAGUUACUUUCAUUGGUCUGCACGUUAUUGAUGAUGAUUUCAGCCAGUGAAGUUGCUGCAGAGAAUCUAAGGAAAGUUGGAGUAAUUCCAGACCUUCUGUCAAUUUUAAGAAAAUUUCUUCAUAAUGAAAAGAUCUGCCUCUCUUGCUGUGGAGUCCUCUGGAGCUUGGCUGUGAGUGACAAUAAUGUAGACAAAGCAUUGCUGAAAAGUGCCGUCCCCGUUACCUCUGCUGUCCUUCAAGAGCACCUCCAGAAUGGAACAGUUACGGAGUCUGCUUGCUCUGCUCUGUGGGCGUUGUCGCUCCAAGGUUGCUUAACUGAAAAUGAGUAUGAGCCCGUAACAGCGCUUCUGCUGGAUGCGCUCAGGAUGAACCUGGAAAGACCACUGCUGGUGAAGAAUGCCUGCCUGGCAUUAGCAAGCCUUCUAAGGCUGUCUGAAAGAUCAGCUUUGAGAUUUAUAACGGAUUCAAAAGGAAUAAACCUGACCAAAGAUGCCUACUGCCUUCACUUCGAUGAUCCAGGAGUGGUGAAAAGUAUCUGUAUGCUGAUGAACGAGGUGGCUCAGUACGAUGAUGGUGUGCUGGAUGUGCCGUCCCAGAAAAUGGAAGAGCUGCUGUCUGAAAUAAAAAUCCGUUUUCCAUCUAGCCUGGAGAUAAUGACCCUUGUGGAUUCAACGCUUUUGAAACUGCAUAAGUAA